UGCAGCACAGCAUCAUCCAGAUGGAAUUCUACCAAAAAUCCCUGGAUUCGGAGCCCGACAGCAGCGAGUUCAUGUUCGACUUCGACGGCGACGAGAUUUUCCACGUGGAGAAGGAGGAGACGGUCUGGAGGCUCCCGGAAUUCCAGGAAUUCGCCAGUUUCGAGGCGCAGGGAGCGCUCCAGAACAUCGCCAUCGACAAGCAGAACCUGGAGAGUUCCAUGGCCGCCUACAACAAUUCCCGGAUUGCCAGCGUGCCCCCGGAAGUGGCGCUGUUCCCCAAGCACCUGGUGGAGCAGGACGAGCCCAACAUCCUGAUCUGCUCCGUCACCAAGUUCUGGCCGCCGGUGCUGGGCCUGAGCUGGCUGCGCAACGGGGUCCCGGUGACGCGCGGCGUCCUGGAGACGCCCUUCUACCCGGACCGGGACUUCACCUUCCGCAAGUUCUCCUACCUGCCCUUCAUCCCCCAGCCCGGCGAUUACUACGACUGCAAGGUGGAGCACGAGGGCUUGGCCGAGCCCAGAAAGAUCCAUUGGGAACCCCAAAUCCUGGCGCCGGCGUCCGAGGCCACGGAGACGGCGAUCUGCGCCCUGGGCCUGGCCGUGGGCAUCGUGGGCAUCGCCGCCGGCACCGUCCUCAUCAUCCGCGGGAUGAAGCUCGGCCGCGCCCGCCCCGAGCGCGGAAUGCUCUGAGAGCGGCACAGAGACCCCAAAUCCAGCCCCAAAUUCCCAAAAAUGACCCCAAAUCCAGCCCCACAUCCCAAAAAUGACCCCAAAAUACAGCCCCAAAUCCAGCCCCAAAUCCCUAAAAAUUACCCCAAAAUCCAGCCCCAAAUCCAGCUCCAAAUUCCUAAAAAUGACCCCAAAACCCAGCCCCAAAUCCUUAAAAUGACCCCAAAAUCCAGCUCCAAAUCCCAAAAAAUUACCCCGAAAUCCAGCCCCAAACCCAGCCCCAAAUCCCUAAAAAUGACCCCGAAAUCCAGCCCCAAACCCAGCCCCACAUCCCUAAAAAUGACCCCAAAUCCAGCUCCAAAUCCCUAAAAAUGACCCCAAAAUCGAGCCCCAAAUUCCUAAAAAUUACCCCAAAAUCCAGAUCCAAAUCCCAAAAAAUUACCCCGAAAUACAGCCCCAAAUCCAGCUCCAAAUCCCUAAAAAUGACCCCAAAAUCCAGCCCCAAACCCAGCCCCAAAUCCCUAAAAAUGACCCCAAAAUCCAGCUCCAAAUCCCAAAAAUGACCCCAAAAUACAGCCCCAAAUCCAGCCCCACAUCCCUAAAAAUGACCCCAAAAUCCAGCCCCAAAUCCAGCUCCAAAUUCCUAAAAAUGACCCCAAAAUCCAGCCCCAAAUCCUUAAAAUGACCCCAAAAUCCAGCUCCAAAUCCCAAAAAAUUACCCCGAAAUCCAGCCCCAAAUCCAGCCCCAAAUCCCUAAAAAUGACCCCAAAAUCCAGCCCCAAAUCCAGGCCCACAUCCCUAAAAAUAACCCCAAAUCCAGCUCCAAAUCCCUAAAAAUGACCCCAAAUCCAGCCCCAAAUCCUAAAAAUUGACCCCAAAAUCCAGCCCCAAAUCCUAAAAAUGACCCCCAAAUCCAGCCCCAAAUCCUAAAAAUUGACCCCAAAAUCCAGCCCCAAAUCCUAAAAAUGACCCCCAAAUCCAGCCCCAAAUCCUAAAAAUUGACCCCAAAAUCCAGCCCCAAAUCCAGCCCCAAUUCCCUAAAAAUUGACCCCAAAAUCUAUCCCCAAAUCCCAAAAAAUUACCCCAAAAUCCAGCCCCAAAUCCUAAAAAUGACCCCAAAAUCCAGCCCCAAAUCCUAAAAAUUACCCCAAAAUCCAGCCCCAAAUCCUACAAAUGACCCCUAAAUCCAGCCCCAAAUCCCAAAAAAUGACCCCAAAAUCCAGCUACAAAUCCUAAAAACUGACCCCGAAAUCCCAAAACUGACCCCAAAAUCCAGCCCCAAAUCCCUAAAAAUGACCCCGAAAUCCAGCCCCAAAUUCCCAAAAACUGAACCCAAAAUCCAGCCCCAAAUUCCCAAAAAUUGACACUGAAAUCCAGCCCCAAAUCGCUCCAAAAUCCCACAAAAUUCCCUUAAAAUCCCCCAAAAAAGUCCUAUUAAAAUCCCCCCAAAAUCCCAUAAAAAUCCCUUUAAAAUAAAAAAAAAUCCCUUUAAAAUCUCCCAAAAAAUCCCCUAAAAUUCCCAUUAAAAUAAAAAAAAAAUCCAUCAACAUCUCCCAAAAAAUCCCCUCAAAAAUCCCAUUAAAUUCAAAAAAAAUCUCAUUAAAAUGGCCCCAAAAUCCCAAUAAAAUCCCCAAAAAAUCCCAUUAAAAUCUGCCAAAAAAUCCCAUUAAAAUCCCAAUAAAUCCCCAAAAAAUCCCAUUAAAAUCCCCCCAAAAUCCCUAAAAAAUUCCCCAAAAUUCCCAUUUUUCCUCCUGUCCCCUCGAUGUCACCCCAAUAAAGGGUGGGGGAGGGGAUUUAGGAUCGACCCCUCCCCCCCUUUGGAAUUUUC